AAGAUGAAUAAAUCCCUUCUAAUUUUGCGGGUAUCAGCAUGUAAACGUGGAUCAAUUUGAGAACAACGACAAAAGCUGAUGUAACUGUGGUAUAUAUGCGAUCAAUUCAUACGAUAUUGGAACAAAUCAACAAAGUCCUAAUGUCAAAUCGUCCCCACUAACCAAACUAUAUAUUAGCUAUGAGCCAGCGCUGCUGAAUCCGCUUUAACGUCAGAUUCUGACAGCAUUUUGGGGCGCCGGCGUUUGGGAUGGAGGCGUGGCGGCGGCGGCGCAACAUAGAGGAGUUCUCCAAGGGGUAUUACGGGGUGUGUGCGGCCGGAGGAAUGCUCAGCGCCGGAGCCGCCCAUCUCGCCAUCACCCCUCUCGAUGUGUUGAAGGUUAACAUGCAGGUCAAUCCGAUCAAAUAUAGUGGCAUCAUAUCAGGGUUUAGCACUCUUUGCAGAGAAGAAGGUGCUUCGGCUCUUUGGAGGGGUUGGUCUGGCAAACUUAUUGGUUAUGGUGUACAAGGUGGAUGCAAGUUUGGGCUAUAUGAAUAUUUCAAGAAGCUUUAUGGUGAUGUACUUGUGAAUCAGAACAAGGGUGUGAUAUACUUCCUAAGCGCUGCAUCUGCUCAAGUAUUUGCUGAUGUUGCUCUCUGCCCAUUUGAAGCCGUCAAAGUUCGAGUUCAGUCACAGCCGAGUUUUGCCAAUGGCUUGGCUGAUGGAUUUCCUAAAGUUUACGCUAAAGAAGGGUUUUAUGGACUGUACAGGGGACUGCUUCCACUCUGGGGUCGUAACCUUCCAUUCUCCAUGUUUAUGUUCACAACAUUCGAGCAUUCUGUGGAUCUAAUGCAUCGCAAAGUUAUACGAAGGAAAAGAGAAGAUUGCUCGACAGCCCAACAACUUGCUGUCACAUGUUUAGCUGGGUAUUCAGCUGGAAUUGUUGGUGCUGUGAUCUCUAACCCUGCUGACAACAUAGUUUCAUCUCUUUACAAUAAAAAGGCUGCAAGUAUAGUGCAGGCUGUAAAGAAGAUAGGGCUUGCCAAUCUGUUUACUAGAAGUCUCUCAGUUAGAAUUGCAACUGUGGGUCCUGUUGUUACUUUGCAAUGGUUUCUCUACGACAGCAUCAAAAUGUUAACCGGACUGCCUGCUAGCGGAGGGGUGAGAAGGCAUCUGAAAGAUGCUGAGUUACUCGGGUUUAAUCAGGCAGCACCUUAACAAAGCCAAACAAUGGUCGUCUUUUGCAUAGACUAGAAAUAAAAAGAGACGUCGUUUUGAGUUUAAUCGUCUCAGCCUCGAGUUUAUGUGAGCCGUGCUCUGCUGAGUUAGCUAGAGGGCAGUUUCUUUCUUAGCCAAAGGUAUCUAGUGUUUAUGGAAGGAAAGAUAGGCACAUCAUAUCUAAUUAUAUAUGAUAUGAUAUGUUGAUAGAUGUUUAUGUGAUUGCAAUUUUGUAAAUAAACCAUGAAACUAUAAAAUCGCAGUGGUAGAAGCUAUAUGUACGAGUUGCUGCUUCUAAAUUUUUACUAGUUCACAACUUCUUUAGGUAUAUUUAUAUUUGAUGAGUUUGGUUUAUUUUUCUA